AUGUCGCGAUAUGUGAUCAGAGCCGCCGAUCGAUUCAAAAAUGCGUUGGUCGAGCACAAUUUGCCUGGGCUGAGAUUCUUAAUAGAGGGAUUUAACUAGUGAGUUGGCAAUGAGUUUUAACUUGGGUUUAGUUAUGACGUCUCGAGAGUAAAGGACGUUGGACCGGAUAGGGCUGCUGCGGAAUGGAUUGUGAGAUGUGGCGGGGCGGUGAAGUAGGUAUUAUUGUAAGGUAAUUUAGAUCCAGGUUUGACAAAUUCAACGAGACGUUCGAUGAUUACAAUAGUUUAAUUCGUGUUCUGGCUGAAUUGGAUCCAGCCAAGCCUUCAGACCAAGUUAUAUUGUCCUUGAUUGAUGCCACUAACUCGAGUGUCUCUGGUUAUGGAUGCCGUCAUUUUGGUAAGUAUCGCGAUUACAAACGGUUGACAUUGAAGCGGGCUUAAAAGGUGUGCAAUCUGUGAAAUAUGUUGGGUGCAAAUCAUUAAACGAUAUGGCGUUGGAGAUCAUGGGCAAGGAGGUCGGAGGAUAUCUUCCGUUCCUUCAACUGGAACGGUGCCCGAGGAUUACCGAGUAUGGAAUUAAACAUUUGGAACAAUACAGGUGAGGAUCAGGGGCUUAAAGUCAAUACGAUGUAAUUAUAUUUCUAGAGGACUCAAAAAGUUGAUCAUCAAGGACCUAAAGAAUGUUCAUAAACCGGACAGAUCAUUGGAUUCUCUGAAGAAUUCUCUACCUAAUUGUGAUAUCACGUUUUCAUGUUGA